CUUAGUCGCCAGGUACAACAGCUUACUAUAAACAGUCAUCGUCAUAGCCGCUCACAAUCGCCCUUCAAACAUUCUAAGUCUAGCAACAGGCAGGCCAGCUGCUGGUACCAUCAGCACUUUGGUAACGCAGCUCGUAAAUGUGUCAAACCUUGCAACUUUGCCGAGAAGCAGGGAAACUUCUCGGCCGGUCCAUAACGGCGACGGACGCGUCCGGUCAACACCAAAGUCGCCUCAUCCGCGUUAGGGAUUUAACUUCCGGCGCCGAGUUUCUAGUCGACACCGGAGCCGAAGUUAGCGUUAUACUCCGUAGCCCAGAUGAGGUCUCGCCAUCGCCGACCAAGCUGCGUGCCGCCAAUGGCACACCAAUCGCAACUUUCGGCGAAAGUCUGCUAACGCUCAAUUUAGGCCUCCGGCGAACCUUUCGCUGGCCUUUCAUAAUCGCUGCCGUGCCUUUCGCCAUCAUAGGCAUAGACUUUCUUCAACGCUUGGACCUCGUCGUCGACGCUAAAAGGAAGAAGCUUAUCGACUCUAGGACACAGCUCAGUGUUAUCGGGACUAGCGCCAACGUGGCUGCUAUCACUCUCAUUCGUGUCCUACCUCAAGCUUCACAACCUUUUAUAGAACUUUUCAACAAGCAUCCUAAACUCGUUCGCAUCCUGAACGACUUGCCUCCUGUGACGUCAAACUUCAUGCAUCACAUUUGCACUAAGGGCCCACCUGUUUCGGCCCGCCCUCGCCGACUAGCCCCGGACAAGCUCAAAGCUGCUAAGGCGGGAUUCGAGCAAAUGCUCGAACUGGGAAUAAUUCGCCCGUCCAAAAGUCCAUGGGCAUCACCAUUACACAUGGUGCCGAAGAAAUCCGGUGAUUGGCGCCCCUGUGGUUACUACAGGGCACUUAACAAAGUAACCGUCCCGGACAAAUACCCCAUUCCGCACAUGCACGACUUGACCUCAGCUCUAGCUGGCAAGUCUAUCUUUAGCAAAGUCAACUUAGUUCGCGCCUACCAUCAGAUACCUGUGGCGCCGGACGACAUUGCUAAAACAGCAGUCAUCACGCCAUUCGGCCUAUUCGAGUACCUCAGAAUGCCUUUCGGCCUCAGCAACGCUGCCAAACUUUUCAGCGUUUCAUUCAUGAGGUAA